CCAUUUUGGCUCAAGUCAGUUCGCGAUCUAGCAUGCUUGCUCGGGCGCGGAAUGGCGAUACGGGACGGCGCGGAAUGCGCGCCGAGGAGAACGGCACAAGAUCGCAAGGCCGCACGGCUCUGGGCCGUUCGCUCAGCGGAUAGAGCGGUCUCCAAGCUAUCGGAAGAGCUUGGUCGUAUCAGGGAGCAGCACGUGCAGUUGCUCGACUUCGUGGGCGCCCUGGCCGGAGGCGAUGCGGAGCUGGCCGACCGCCUUUUGGCACUGGCGCCAGCACUCCAGGAUUUGCUGCGUGGACGCCUCCCAAGCCACGUCAGCGUCCUCAGGCGGAACGUGGCGCUGCACUCCGACGCUUCUGGUGUGAGCAUCGCCAGCGCAGGAGUGCAUGCUCUCAAGAGCCUCCAGAAGGGGCCGCGACUGGAGUGCAGACAAGAGGGCUUCGUUUGGAAUCCUGAGGCCCCAGUUUUCGUUCCACAGGGCUCGGACCUUUUCGAGCAGUUCAUGCCGACCUUUGUGGGCGAACAGGCGGAGAUCCUGCUUCGCGAGCUCGGUCAUCUGACUGCCCAGGCAUCUCGUGCUGAAGCUGUCCAACCUGAAGCAGAGUCUGCUGAAGGCCCACCUGAGUGUGUAGAACAGCAUGCACACCUAGCAGCUGACGUUUCUGUGGACUACCCUGCCGAGCAAGCCGUUUAUGAGCCUGGUGCGGACGAGCAUCGCCAUCGUCUUCUGCAGUAUCGGUCCUUUCCUGCCCCUGCAGACGAAUUUCCGGAGGGAUCUGCUGGGGAUCCGACUUCUCUGCAUGGUGUACCUGGGUCUAUUCGGCCUGAGCGUGCCGAUGAUUGUGUGAAUGCCUCUGACGUGGAUACGACCUGCUCGGUGUCGGAGGCGGCGCCACAGGCCAGCACUGCGGUUAUGGCGUACCUGCGCGCUCACCCUGCGGCGCUCCUCUCGGGAGGCGGCGGGGCCCUCGCGGCUCCUGUGGCUGGCGGUACUGGUCCAGGCGCUGGUUUCGAGGGCAGCCGCGUCCGCAGGAAGCGAGGUGCAAGCACGGGGCGGCGCGCCCGUCGCGUCCGCUUCGACCUGCGUCCCGUCGUCAUCGGCACGGCCUUCGAGGAGGAGUCGGAGGAGGCCCCCCCGCGCGGAGGCGGGGCUGGCGAGGCCCAGGUGCAGGACGGUUAG